AAAAAAAAAAACUAUUUUGUUUUUUUAUUAAACAUAACUAUUAUGGAAAGUAGCUAUCAGUGGCCAAAUUAACACUCAUUGGAAUGUUUUGUCUAUUCCUCUGUUCUCUCUCUCUCUCUACUAAACACCCAUGGGUCAUUGUUUCUUCAUCUGAUCCAACAUAAGCAGAACAAGAGUGAUUAAUUAAAAAAAAAGAAGAAGAAGAUGAAGUUGUUGGGUAAGAACCACACGAGCAGCGACAAGAAGAAGAACUACGCAGUGAAACUGAAUCAAUUGAAGCUUGACACAGGACUGUUUGGAGCAAGAGGAAGGGUUCUAACCGCCGCAAAUGACAAGGUUGCCAUUCAGAUUGUUUCAGAGACAUCAACGUCGUCUUCUACGAAGAAGAAACCAAACCCUCCUCCUCCUUCUUCUUCUAAACAACCUCUCUCAUCACUUCUCAUGAUUCCGUUUCAUCGGAAUCCAAAAUCACGAUGCACUCACACCACUCCCGCUACAAGAUUCCUCAGCUCCACCACAGCAACUUCUUUCACGUGGGACGCACGUGACCUCUCCAAUUUCCAUCUUCUCCUCAGCUCUUCACAUGCCUUAGACAUCGCAUUUGAUUUUCAUGUCUUAUAUGGAGAGGGUGUAGUGGGAGAAUCCGACGGCGAAAUGACGGUGGUCGGAAAAGCUUCGACGAUCGUUGCCGUGGAGGAGGAGAUGAUGAAGAAGACGGAGUCCAAUUCUUCUUCUCAUUGGAAUCUUCAAAGAAAGCUUCCAAUCAAAUUGAGGGUCAAUGGCUUAUCCAUCGAAGCCUCCCUUUCGGUCUCAAUGAAGUUAAUGAAGAUGAAGAAUUCUGAGGAUGACUCGGCAAGACCAAUUAAAAACUCGGUUGAGCCAAAGAGACACGCCAUCAUAGAAAGAGUGAAGUAUCUAACAAGCUUGACCAACAGGGGCAAAAACGGAAAACUACAUCACACAGGGAUUGGAACGGAACAAACGAGUCCAUACGAGUCAGAUGGAUCUCCCGUGUUUGACUCAGAUGACUCGUCCGAGUCCACAUCAAGCAGUGGGAGUAGUGGUAGUAAUAAUAGUAGUAUUAUAAUUGAAAAUGAUCAAAACUCGGGGUCCAGACUCGGUAAAAGUAGUAAUAAAAAUGGGUGUUGCGAGAGUGAGAGGUUUAUGGGGUCAUCGGCGCCAAGGACGCGUUUGGAUGGAACAGCGAAUAGGAGCCGGUUGCAGUUGUCACGGACUAGAAGCUUCACUGAAUUUGGAUCCAAUACAAUCACAACUAAACAACAAUUUCCAACUCGACAACGGCACCAUCAUGCUUGAACUCGACGCCACAACGUUUGCCGAACAGGAAUUAUAGCCCGAUCAAGAUGGUUCCGGCUUGAUUCCAGAAGGAGAUCACGAGUAUAAUCAUAGCUAAAAAGCUCGCCCUUCUGUUGGAUCAGCUGCAUUGGAGGAAGAGAGAGCCCACAUAAUAUUAUUAUUGUAGACAAAUGUGUUAGGACAGUGCGUGUAGGUAUUGGAAAAUACAGAGUAGGUAUAAGAGGAAAAAUCAAGCGACGUAGAGGCAUAUAUGAAUCGCGAGAAGAGUAUGUCAUCUUCAACAAGACCUGUGAUAAGCAUGAAGGCCUGCAUUUGGCGAAGAUGGCUCUUAUUUGAGCAACGGCGGAGGUAAGCUCUGAUGGGAUUAGGGCCCAAGAGCGGCAGAGGCAAGCAAGCUCCAACAUGGUACUCAUUUGCUGCGUCAUUGCCGGCGGAAAUGAGGCGAGAGACCAACUAAAUGCAUUUUUUACAAUCUCGGGAAGUAAAUGGUGCAAUUGAUAAGUCAAAGACUAAAUUAGUACAAUUCGAGAAUCUCAGGGACCACUUUGAUAACUUAUUUAUAAGCUAUUUUUAAUAUAAGUAUUUAUUAUUUAAA